AAACUCAUGUGUUUAUGCUAACGUAAACGACACAGAGCGACAGCAAUAAACACUAAAAGAUUGGACAGUUUACAUUGACUACAAGGUGGUAUCCGAUUAAAUGGAGUCAGAAAGUGCGGGUGUGGUGCAGUCAUUGGUUCCUGAGGAUGAACCAGCCCCUUCUGUGUCGGUUGCAACGGAAAAGGACGACUCAAGCCAUGAUACUACUGAGAUUAGCAGUAAGGAGACGUCACAGAAGGCCGGUCAGGUGCAGCAACUGUGCCGUUUUUACUCUCAGGGCAGGCAAUGCUAUUACGGGAAAAGGUGCCGCUUUCUUCAUCAGAGAGCUGCAGGUCCAUUGAAAGAAGGAGAGAAUGGCACGGCUCACAAGGGGAAAGAAGGAAACGUGGAUGGUCACGCAUCAGACAAAAAACAGCAGUCGAGCGAAAACAGCCAAUCUUAUACAAAGAAGCAUCCGCCUCCAUCCGGCCACAAAAGUGCUCCUGUGAAGCAGGAGAGACCCAGGCGUCCCUGCCGCUACUUUCUGUCUGGGUUUUGUGCAAUGGAGGAUCAGUGUCGCUUCUUGCAUCCACAGCAGUUUCCUCCCGUGAAGGACCAGCCUUACGGCCCGAGAGAGAGGAGCAGCUUCAGGCCUUCCGCUCCAGCCCCACGGCCAGCUAAAAGUCAUGAGCAGGUCAAACUGGCUGAUCUUACUGAAGAGGUCUGCAAGCAGCUGAGAGCCACUGAGAUCGCUCAGCUGACGAAGAGAUUUCCGAAAGACAAUCUCAUCGUGCAGGAGCGGGAAGAUGGAAAGCUGACCUACUACAGAGUCACGGUUCAAGCCACGGACCCUGACUGGCCAUAUGAUCUGAACGAAGUGGACAUCAUGGUCAGCUUUCCUGAGAGUUACCCUCAAGAGGUUUUCACUGUGGAUGUCCCUGAGGACCAAGAAUUACUAUCACUUAUGGGGAGACAUGUGCAGAAGGCCUCAGAGGAAUGGCUGAGGGCUAAACAUGCCACUAAUCAGCUGAUGGGUAGAGUUGAGCUGCUCUUCAGGCCGUACUUGCGCUGGCUGGACCGUAGUAUGGAGAAACUCUUCACUGAGGGCGCCAGACAGUUGAAAAAAGACGUUGACCUAGAGAGGGCUGGAAUACAGUUUGUUCCAUAUGAGCAGCUCAAGGUCACAGUUUUUAAGAACACAUCCAAGAAAUCAGACGCUCCUGAGCGUGUAGUGUCACUCGCAGUGGCUUCAGGGAAGGAGGAGGAGGAAGGACAUGAUGAUGCUGGAGUAGAGGAGGAGGAGGAGGAUGAAACUGCUCUUGGUAUUGAUGGGGAGGAAGGCGGCCACCAGGUGGAGAACAUAAAAACAAGAGAGCGACGAAGAGGUACUGAAAUCAAACUGCUGGGUCUGAUACUGGGAGAACAAACAGCUACUGUGGCGGCCAGACAGAUCUCAGUGUCCCUGAAGUGCAACAGGUGUAAAGUGGACUCUGACCUGACCCUGACGGGGCGUCUGACCUGUACUGCUCAGUGUGAGAAAUGUGGAGCAGAUAUCAGGGUGGCCUUCAGACCUACUCUGAUGCACCACUGCAGUGAUGUUUUAGGCUAUAUGGACCUAAAAGCAGCUGUGCCUGUAGACCUGGUACUGCAGGACUCCGAGUUCAGUGUUGGAUGCCUUAACUGCAACAAGGAGGACACAAUUCAGAAUCUGACCUAUGGGCAAAACUGGGAACAAAACUGCCAACAUUGUCAUACCAAACUCAUGAUUUUUGUGGAAGCGACACGCUUUCAGUUCAUUCAGCCAGAGACCAGAAAUCAGACAGGUGCAGCUGCUCAAUACACUCGACGCUACAGAGACCCUGCAGUUCAGCAAGGGAAACCCCUACCUGAAAAAGGUGCCUGCAGGCAUUUCAAACAAAGUCACCGGUGGCUAAGAUUUCCAUGCUGUGGUCGGGCGUACCCAUGUGAUGCCUGCCAUGAUGAAGAUCAAGACCAUUUGAUGGAGAUGGCCACCAGAAUGAUCUGUGGUUCUUGUGCCAAAGAGCAGCCAUACAGCAACGGUAAGCCAUGUGUUGGUUGCGGAGGUAUGAUGACAAGAGGCACCUUCACAAGCCACUGGGAGGGCGGACAGGGCUGUAGAAACAAGGCUAAGAUGAGCAGGAAUGACCGGCACAAAUACACCAACACACGUAAAACGGUGGCAAGGAAAAAAAGUGAAUAAUGAUACCAAAGGAUCUUACUUUCAGCCAAUUUAGAUGAUUCAUGGCCAU